AUGCAUUUCUCCGCCCUCGCCAUCUUCGGCCUCCUUGGCAGCGCCCUCGCCAGCAACAUCGUCUCAACCGAGAAGCGGCAGGGUCAGGAACAGGUCUCGAGCAUCGAGAUGCGCGUCGCCGACGUGGCUAGUAUCGAGGCCGCUAUUGCGACGGCCGGCAGCGAGAUCACCAACUUCAACAACGCCGUCGCCGCCUUUGACGGCACGACCACGGAGAACUCGCUGGCCUUCCUUACCUCCUUCAGCCAGCUUGGCAUCACCGUCAAUUCGGUCUCGCAGACCGUCCUCGUCUCCGGACUCCUCAGCGUCGCAGACUCGGCGGCUGUCUAUCCCGACGUCGCUCUUUUUACUACCUCUCUGUCGCGCGCCGUUGGCAGCAUUCAGGGCAAGUCUGCCCAAAUUUCUGCCAGCGGAUUUGGCGGUGUUGUUUGUGCCUCCCUUGAAUCUUUGCUGGUCGAGGUGGAACUCCUCUUGGAGACCGUUGAGGCUGUUUUUGACAUCUCGUACGAGAAUCUGAUUGGUGUGCUCGGCGAUCAGGUGGAUGCCCAAUUCGAGGUUGCUAUCGGAGCCUUUUGUCUCUCUUAA